AUGCACUUUGUUUUCGCCGCCGUGCUCCUUCACUUUUUGGGAGCUGGACAAGCUCAACUCGCUGGAACCAACACCCCGGAGACCGGUCCAGCACUUUCCGUCCAAACCUGCACCAAGGGUGGUGGUUGCAAGAAGACCUCCUCCAAGGUCACCCUUGAUGCCAACUGGAGAUGGCUUCACGCAGCCAAUGGUACCAACAACUGUUACACCGGUCAAACUUGGGACAAAACGCUCUGUAGCGACCCUGAAAAAUGUGCCACCAGCUGUGCUCUAGAUGGAGCUGAUUAUCCCGGCACUUACGGUAUCACUUCCACUGGCGACGCCCUCAAAAUGAAAUUCAUCACUCAUGGCCCUUAUUCAGUCAACGUCGGCUCACGAGUUUACUUGAUGGCCGGAGAUGACAAGUACCAGAUGUUCAAGCUCAAGAAUCAAGAGUUCACUUUCGACGUCGACGUCAGCAAUCUGCCCUGCGGCCUGAACGGAGCCCUUUACUUUGCUGAGAUGGCCGAGGAUGGUGGUAUGAAAGAGUUCCCCAGCAACAAGGCUGGUGCAAAAUAUGGUACAGGCUAUUGCGAUGCUCAGUGUCCUCAUGACGUAAAGUUUGUCGAUGGAAAGGCCAAUCUUGUAGAUUGGAAACCCUCCGCGACUGACAUCAACUCCGGAACUGGAAGCGUCGGCUCCUGUUGUUACGAGAUGGACAUCUGGGAAGCCAACAUGGCCGCUCAAGCUUUCACCGCCCACACUUGCAAAGGUCUCACCGGUCCCAAGAGCUGCACAGGCGCAGCAUGUGGGGACAGUCCAGCCAACAGAUACGGAGGUAUCUGUGACAAGGAUGGAUGUGAUUAUGCCACCUAUCGACUCGGAAAUCAUGACUUCUACGGUCCCAAGAAAACUGUCGAUACCACUAAGAAAUUCACGAUCGUCACCCAAUUCAUCACCUCUGACGGAACGGCAAACGGCGAUCUGACUGAAAUUCGUCGUCUUUACGUCCAAGACGGUCGUGUGAUCAAGAACGUCCAUAGUAGAUUCCCCGGAUUAAGACAAUUUGACUCGAUCAGCGACAAGUAUUGUGCGGCUGAGAAGAAACUUUUCGACGACAAGAACGACUUCGCUGACAAAGGUGGGCUCAAAGCCAUGGGAGCUGCAAUGGAAAGAGGAAUGGUGUUGGUCAUGAGUCUUUGGGAUGAUCACACCGCAAACCUGCUUUGGCUUCAGUCUAGAUAUCCUGUCAACAAGAAAGCCUUCCCUGGUGUGGCCCGUGGUGAUUGCGAUCCUGCUUCCGGUGAGCCCAAGACGGUCGAAGCUGCACACCCUGAUGCAUCGGUUGAGUACUCCAACAUCAGGUUUGGGGACAUCGGGUCUACCUAUGGCGCGGCUGCUGGUUCCGAGUGA